AUAUACUAUCGCUCAUAGUAUUCUCUCAUUCUUCCCCUAAGCACGCACACAGCAGCACAGGUCUACAUCAACAUCGGUAGCUCACAUUCCCUCCCACGGCUGCACUAGCGCCUUCAAUUCUAUCGUAUAGCUUCAUUCUUCACUGGUGAACAAGGCAGUAGCUAUAGCAGAUCGAUCUCCAUGGACAUGGACAUGAGCUCAGCUUAUCCCCACCAUUGGCUCUCCUUCUCCCUCUCCAACAACUACCACCAUGGCCUACUCGAAGCCUUCUCUAACUCCUCCGGUACUCCUCUUGUAGGAGACGAGCAGGGCGCAGUGGAGGAGUCCCCGAGGACGGUGGAGGACUUCCUCGGCGGCGUCGGUGGCGCCGGCGCCCCGCCGCAGCCGGCGGCGGCUGCAGAUCAGGAUCACCAGCUUGUGUGCGGCGAGCUGGGCAGCAUCACAGCCAGGUUCUUGCGCCACUACCCGGCGGCGCCAGCUGGGACGACGGUGGAGAACCCCGGCGCGGUGACCGUGGCGGCCAUGUCGUCGACGGACGUGGCCGGGGCGGAGUCCGACCAGGCGAGGCGGCCCGCCGAGACGUUCGGCCAGCGCACAUCCAUCUACCGUGGCGUCACCAGGCACCGGUGGACGGGGAGAUAUGAGGCGCACCUGUGGGACAACAGCUGCCGCCGGGAGGGCCAAAGCCGCAAAGGACGGCAAGUCUACCUAGGAGGCUAUGACAAGGAGGAGAAGGCGGCUAGAGCUUACGACCUCGCCGCGCUCAAGUACUGGGGGCCUACAACCACGACCAACUUCCCGGUGUCCAACUACGAGAAGGAGCUGGAGGAGAUGAAGUCCAUGACGCGGCAGGAGUUCAUCGCGUCGUUGCGCAGGAAGAGCAGCGGCUUCUCACGAGGCGCCUCCAUCUACAGAGGAGUCACAAGGCAUCAUCAGCACGGCCGGUGGCAGGCGAGGAUCGGCAGGGUGGCCGGAAACAAGGACCUGUACUUGGGCACUUUCAGUACUCAGGAAGAGGCGGCGGAGGCGUACGACAUCGCUGCGAUCAAGUUCCGCGGGCUCAACGCCGUCACCAACUUUGACAUGAGCCGCUACGACGUGGAGAGCAUCCUCAGCAGCGACCUCCCCGUCGGGGGCGGAGCUAGCGGUCGCGCCCCCGCCAAGUUCCCGUUGGACUCGCUGCAGCCGGGGAGCGCUGCCGCCAUGAUGCUCGCCGGGGCUGCUGCCGCUUCGCAGGCCACCAUGCCGCCGUCCGAGAAGGACUACUGGUCUCUGCUCGCCCUGCACUACCAGCAGCAGCAGGAGCAGGAGCGGCAGUUCCCGGCUUCUGCUUACGAGGCUUACGGCUCCGGCGGCGUGAACGUGGACUUCACGAUGGGCACCAGUAGCGGCAACAACAACAACAACACCGGCAGCGGCGUCAUGUGGGGCGCCACCACUGGUGCAGUAGUAGUGGGACAGCAAGACAGCAGCGGCAAGCAGGGCAACGGCUAUGCCAGCAACAUUCCUUAUGCUGCUGCUGCUAUGGUUUCUGGAUCUGCUGGCUACGAGGGCUCCACCGGCGACAAUGGAACCUGGGUUACUACGACUACCAGCAGCAACACCGGCACGGCUCCCCACUACUACAACUAUCUCUUCGGGAUGGAGUAGGUGCAUGCGCUGACAAGCUAGCUAGCUGAAAUCAGGUGGUAGGCCUAGGAAGAAGCUAGGACUGACAUGGAACUGAUCACAAUUUUGGCUGCUACAUAUACCAUGCAUGCCCCAUGUAUGGAUGGGGGUGCGUGUGCGUCCUUCUGCUUGCUAUUCACGACACUUGCUGACUUACUGUGGCAGAGCCGCAGAGGGCUGGUGUACCAUCAGCAUUUCUAAAUUCUAAUUAUCAAGCUCGUUUCAAGCUGUAUUUUGGUAAAAAAAACAGUGUGUGCACUCCAGAAUUAUCGUAUCAGCAUUCAUGAAUGAAAAGCAUUUGCAAUUUGCCGGCUGAA